UCAAGCCUGACUCUCAUGAACACGCACACUCUUUCUACCCUCAGCAUUGAACACGACAUCAACAGACACUCCACUCCGAGUGUUCUCGACACCUUUUCCUACCCUCAUCAUUUCACCUUUCUCAGUCUGCGCGUUCGUUUGGCGGCUUUGGCUCGUCAAAUGAACCUGCCUUACUCGCCUUCAUUUUUCUUCAAUACCACCCUCUUCGACCGGAAGAGUCUAUUCUAAUCACUAAAUGCCUUUCAAGCCUUUUGCACAUCUCGCCCGUGUCAGCUUUGCAAAGGGAAUCACCCAUACCUAUGCUCCUUCCGUUGUUGCUGCUGGUCAGUCACUAGGAACAAUCCAAAAUUAUCCUGUCGGCAAAUUCUCAAAGACCGCACAACUUCAAAAUGCUUUCUCAAGUCCAUCUGGCUCUGGCGCCGGUGCGAAGACUGGGUAUACUUCUCAGUCCUCUUCCGGUGAUGCUGGGUUAGGCCAGUACUACGCAGCCUGGCAGCAUGCGCAACAGACGGGUGAUGACUCCGAAUGGAAACAACACCAGUUUGCCCGCCGGAUAGGGUGGAAAGAUCAGGAGAAGGUUGCAGCGCCGAAAUACCAGCGACUUGAAUCAUCCCGCGCCGUUGACGUUAUCCGACCAUCGGCUCGAUUGAAUGUGUCCCGAUCACAAAGUGAGCGCACCACUCCGCGUGUUCAAGAGGCGGAUGAGGUUUUCACAGAGGCGGAAGCACUUGCCCGGGUUGACGAGGCUAUUGCGAAAGAGAUCCAGGAUGGCAGAGCUGCACAACAAACUGAAGUCACCACCGUUCAUGAGGAGGUCAUCAUUGGCAGUCCUGUUGCCAGUACUGGAAUAGUUUCACCCGUCACCAAUGAAGCAGCUGCUACCGACCUCGACUCUUCCAACCACUCACUUGAGCAGACGACACCUCCCACCGAUGCUACAUCUCUAGCCUCGGAAGAGUUCCUUCUGUCUGAUGAGAUAGUCCGUCUUGGUCAACAACAACGAUACGCCGAGAUUCCAGCACUCUUCGAAGCCAUCGUCAAAGAUGGUCAAGUGCCCACCAUCGAUGCAUACAACCAAAUCCUUCUUUCGGCAAUCAAUCUGAGCACUGGUUAUCAACCGUGGCCUAGAGCCCUUGAGGUGUAUGGAGACAUGACAAAGCGCUCCGUGGAGCUCAACGCCGCUUCAUACAUGAUCCUGCUAAGAUUUUUGGCCGCAAGAAGUCUUGAAGCAUAUCAAGUGCAGAAGCAUUUGGGUGAAAAAGCCGCCCGGUAUGGUACCGACGGCGCUCUGGUGUUUCCUUCUGCUACCAGACAAUACGAGACCUACGCCGCCGACACCUCUCUUGCCUUCGCUACAAAGCUCUACAACAUCGCUCGUGCCACCUUGAACGACUUCAACCUGUCCACCACUGCCUACAACUCUCUGGUCAAGGCUUGCGCUCAGUCCGGCAUGGUCGACCACAUGAAUGUUCUUUUGGCGGACAUGAAAGCUCAAGACAUUCGCCUCGACCCUCGAUUGUAUACAGUCGUCAUCGAUGCACAAGCUUCCAAGCAGAACAUUCAUGCAGCUUACGGACUUUACGAGGAGUAUCGUGACCUUGCCAUCAGCAGGGCGGCAAACGACCCGCUCGACAUGCAAGUCUACGCCUCCUUGAUCAAAGCCUACUAUGCUGCUGGACUUGCAGAGACUGGUCUCCACUUCUACGAGAGAAUCAUGCAGUCAUUCAAGAACUCAGCCAACCAGCAACCGCUCUCUGAUGAGCUGACAUCCGCAUUUGUCGUUAACGGUCUUGUCCAGUACCAUAUUGACAACGAGGCAUUCUCCGAUGCUCUUGCAAGUAUCAACGAAUUCACUUUGCAACCGGUCGUCCAAGAUCAGGCCCUUUCAAAGAUCACCGCUGCUGCGGCUGAUGCCGAUUCGGCAAAGGAAGCCACGAGCGGUCUGGAUGCCAUCUCCGUCGCCAAUCUGACGGCUGAGCCCGUCAUGGCUGUUACUGCAAUGCACAUUCGAGCUGGAAAUGUUGCCCAAGCCACGGCUACCUGGCAUAAGGCUCAAUCACUGCCCAUUGUCCCGACCACCGACUUUGCUACGAUGUAUGGGUUGGCCUUGAUUCGCAAUGGCUCCGUCGAAGGAGGUGUCGCCGAAGCCCGCUCUAUGUUCCAGCGCAUCCGGGCUUCCGCUAGCUCUGAGGCAAGCCGCCAACUUUCUGUCGCAGAGAUUGACGAAGCGAUCGUUCUCUUUGGAGAAGCCCUUAUGCAGCAACAGGUGCCCGUAUCUUCCCAGACAAGCAUUGCCUUGUUGCGAGCAAUGAUUGAGAAUGGUGGCCUGGUCUCGCCUGUCGCAGAGCAUGCUAUCGCAAGCCUGGGACCCGAAUGCGUUCAGCAACUCGAUGCACAAGAUAUCGCCUUGGCUCUGCAUGUUCAGGCCCAAACGCUUCUGUCACAGGCUGGCAUCGACAUCGCGCACCAAGCUAGGUUCUCUCAUCUCCUUGAGACCGUGCUCAACCGCGGCAUCCUCAUGGAUCCAUCUACCGUACAUGUGGUCAGCGAGAGUCUACCAAAGGUUGCCGCUGUCAGACCUGAUCUCCUACAACGCUGGCAAGAGCUUCUUCAGCCUGCUGCUGCAGCCCCUGUUACAUUACCACCACAGUCACCGUUGUCCCCUCAUUUGUCGUUCUCGGGAAGUUUGCCAGAAGCUGAUAGCUUUGACCCAUAUGCUCACACUACUGACUACCGCGCCUCGAAAGCAAUCUCAGAGCUCGUGGAGAGCACCACAGGUCGCAUUGAGAACCACCUCAACGACGGGCUGGCUCGCCUGAGGAACGUUCGUCGUGCCGGCAGGAAUUUGCAUUACUCGGCUUACGCCAAGUUGAUCACUGGUGCCGGAAAAGCUAAGCAACCUAACUUGAUCAACGAAAUCUUGGGUAUGGCACAUUCAGAUGUGCCCAUGUCGCUGCAAAUUCCAGCAGUCCGAGCUGGCUGGGUCACAAUAUUGGACUCGAUGAUUGCCGCAUGCUUGACUGUCGGUGAUCGUCAGCAAGCGGGCAAGUUUCACCAGGACUUGUUGGACAUGGGAGCAGCCCCGUCAGCCAACACGUUCGGCAUCUAUAUCACCACACUGGAAGGGACAUUUGAUGAAGCUACUGAAGCCGUCAAGAUCUUCCAACGCGCAUCGUCUGAGGGGGUUGCUCCCAGUGUCUUUCUGUAUAAUGCUGUCAUUGGCAAGCUUGGAAAGGCUCGUCGCAUUGACGACUGUCUGCGAUACUUUGGAGACAUGGAAGGCAGAGGUAUUCGGCCGUCUUCGGUCACUUAUGGUACCUUGGUCAAUGCUCUUUGCCGAACAAGUGAAGAACGUUUUGCUGUGGACAUGUUUGACGAAAUGGAGGCUGCGCCAAAUUAUCGACCUCGACCGGCACCAUACAACUCCAUCAUUCAGUACUUCCUCAACACUAAGCGUGACCGAAGCAAGGUUCUGCAAUACUACGAGCGGAUGAAGGCGAAGAACAUCAAGCCCACUUCACACACCUACAAGCUACUGAUCGAGGCACACGCCGCGCUUGAGCCUGUCAAUCUGCCUGCUGCAGAUGGUAUUCUGGCCGAGAUGAAAAAGGCUGGUGUUCAACCCGAAGCGGUCCACUAUGGAGCAUUAAUCCAUGCAAAAGGCUGUGUUAUGCAUGAUCUGCAGGCUGCACGGGCAGUGUUCGAUUCUAUCUUGAAAGAUGGAAACAUUCGUCCUACCGAUACUCUAUAUCAGAACCUGUUCGAGGCAAUGGUGGCUAAUCACGAGGUCGCCAAGACAUCCGAAGUUCUUGGUGAUAUGUCUCGACGUGGUGUUGCCAUGACCCCGUACAUCGCCAACACCCUGAUUCACGGCUGGGUGGGCGAAGGUGACAUCUCCAAAGCCAAAGAAAUCUACGACAAAGUUGGAACGCAGAAACGAGAGCCCAGCACUUACGAAGCAAUGACACGUGCGUAUCUUUCUGCGGAAGACCGUACCGGAGCCAACGGAGUUGUUCAAGAGAUGUUGCGAAAAGGAUAUCCUGCUGCUGUCACCGAAAAGGUGAUGGCUCUUAUGGGAGGAGUUUCUGCUUGAUCUUCGAAAACACAAAAUUUUCAAAAGUACCAGACGAGUGUGGCGACUGGGUAUCCGCUUGCCUCGACUGGAAUUUUCAUUUGUUUGAUGACGAUACCCGAAACACGAGCCAUGAACAUCGUGGUUGCAUGGCUAUGGCACUGGCGUUAUUGAUUUUAUUGCUGUGCGCGUAGCGACAGCGUUGUACAUGACGCAUAUUCGGCAUUGAUCAUGGGACACCGGUUCGGCUUCUUAUUCGGCAGGUGGGCGCUGGAUAGAGCAAUUGAGCCAAAU